UUUGAUGCAGGAAGUGGUCAACUCACUGCCUGGUGGAUAUCCCGAGUCGAUACAACCCNCUACGUCCAACCAACAGUCACUUUCGCAAGCGGUGUACGGCAGGAGAUCAGAAUACACGCGACCAAAAAAUAUCAAGAUCAAGGUCGGCACUUGGAAUGCUGCUGCGUACAAGGGUGCUGAGAAAGACAUUGCUUGGUUUGUUGACGGCAAGGGCAUUGCAGAGGGGUUGACGGAUCUCACUGUAUCGGACAAUUCUGAGUUGCAAGAUGAUACGAUAGCGGAACACAGGAGCUCACUGGAUGAUCGCGAAGGUGUAGAGGAUCAAGAAGCACGCUACGAGAGGAAGAAACCGACACUGCCACAUGAUGACCCCAGUCUACUACCUGGUGGUCGCGAUAUUGGACUCUAUCUCCUAGGACUCCAGGAGAUUGUGGAUGUCAACUCUGCUGCUGAAGCCCUCAGGCCGUAUACGGAUCCCUCGGUGGCGGCGAAAUGGAAAAGCGAGAUGGAAGCUCACUUGCCCAGAGGCUACAAGUUCAUUGCUGAGCAACAGCUUAUAGGCAUGUUGUUGCUCAUCUAUGCCUCCGAGGAGGUGGCUGCGGACAUCAAGUCUGUGAGCACGACCAGUGUUGGCACAGGCCUCAUGGGGUAUAUGGGCAACAAGGGUGCCGUCACAGCUCGGAUCGUCCUCGGAGAAACUACGCGCCUUGUUUUCGUCAAUGCUCAUCUUGCUGCUGGAACGGACAAAGGUGCUGUUGAACGCAGAAACUGGGACUAUGGACAGGUCAUGAGUCGCACCAAGUUUGAGCCUAUCCAGGAUUCUAUGGGCCUCUCGCAAAACGUUGGUGAAGGAAUCGAUGAUGCCGACUUUGCGUUCUUUGUUGGCGAUCUCAAUUACAGACUUGAGGGCAUCCCUGGCGAAGACGUUCGCCGCCUGUUGAUGCUUCAUACCCGCAACGAAUAUGACUUGUCGAAAAAGCAGGGCAAACACGUCGACAAAGAGAUUGCACGCAACCGAGCUUCUAUUGAGAGAAGGAGAGAAAGCAGGAUGUCCACAGAUUCUGGAGUAUCUCAAGUCUCUACCGUCAGGUCUCGUGAUGAUGAAGACGCGAAAGAGGAGGAAGAGUUUGAUCAGGAGGACGUGCUUGAUCCGGCUAGUGACCCGGCUUCAUUACACACCACACUGUCAUCUCUACUACCUCACGACGAAUUGCAUCAGCAGCAAAAGGCAAGAAAGACAUUCCAAGGCUGGCAAGAAGGACCAAUCACAUUCUUACCGACUUACAAGUACGAUGCUGGAAGUGUCGGAGUCUUUGAUUCUAGCGAGAAAAGACGUGCACCCAGUUGGUGUGAUCGGAUCUUGUGGCGAACGAGACGCGAUAUGCUUGCUUACGAGAGCACGAUUGCCGAGGAAGAAGAUGCCCGAAAAAAGGAUGAAGAGAUGAGGACCAAUGGUUUCGACGAAGCAGGCAAGGACGAGGAAAUGUUAUACGACUACGAUCCAGACGAAGAUGCUGACGAAGCUGGUUCAUACGACGACGCAUAUGAAGACGCCCCAGAGGGGACGAUCAUCACCAAAGAAGGUUUUGCUGACGAAAUCAGUCUGGAGUCCUAUGUGGCGCAUCAACGAGUUUUAUCUUCCGACCACAAGCCAUUGGAUGCUGUCUUCUCAUUCAAGUACGAUGCUGUGGUACCAGAACUGAAAACAAAGAUCCACCAGGAAGUCGCACGAGAACUGGAUAGAGCAGAGAACGAAGGUCGACCAAACGUCACAGAAGGUAUCUCGGACGACGAUCCAACAAAAUUUGAAGGUGUAUGGUUUGGCCAAGUCAGAUAUGCCAUGCACAAGCGCCGAAGCCUCACCAUAGCAAACACAGGCCAAGUCCCCGCGACUGUCUACUUCAUCGACCGCCCUGUAGGUCCUGGCCAGCACCCCGGUCUUUAUCCCAGCUGGGUGUCACUCAAGAUCGACGACGGUACUGGCAAACUAUCCUCUGACAUGGGUAAACGUACCCUCGAACCUGGUCAAGCCUUUAACGUUGAACUGGAGAUGCGCAUCCUGGACGUCAGUCUAGCACGAGCUUUCAACGAAGGCAUCAAAUCGCUCGAAGAUAUACUCGUAUUGCGCGUCGAGAAUGGUCGUGACCAUUUCAUUCCUCUACGCGGAACAUGGCUGGAAUCCUCACUUGGUCACUCGAUCUCCAAACUCAUCCGUAUACCUGAAGGUGGCAUCCGCAAACUGCAGCGACAACGACCUGAUAGUGGCAAGCAAAAAAGCGGCAGCAUGUCUUCUGGCUCUGUUCUUGACGACGACGACGAGGCAAUACCCGUAAGAUGGUCUGCACCGCGUGAGCUGUUCAGGCUGACGGAGGUGAUAGAGGAACUGAUCGUUCGCGUUACCGCUGAGUGGGGUAUGUUGAACGACCCUGCCACCCAACCCCCUUGGGAGAAGUCUGCGGGAUGGCCUUUUACUGCUGCGUCUUGGACUCUGGAAGAUAAAGCGCUGAGGGCGGAUGGCCUUGCUGAUGUUGCAGAAGCAUUGGAUACCGACUCGCCCUUUGACUCCGUUUACUCACCUACACUCACGCAUCUACAGAAGCUAGAGUGUCUUGCCGAGUUUCUGCUGCUGUUCCUGCAAGCCAUACAAGAAGGAGUCGUCACACCAGCACUCUGGCACAAACUCGACGACGGUCUAAGAAAACAGGAAAAGCUGAAGCAAUCGCAACAGGCAAAAGACGAAGACCUGUGCACUUGGGCGCAAGAGAUUCUGUCUUCGUCACCCGCUCACUCGAUUUCCUUCAUUCUGGUGACGAGUAUGUUGGAUAGAACUGCUUCGGAGGUGAUGACGACUAUUCAGCAUAACCAUCCAGAGAUUCUCAACAAAGCUCCCCAGGGGAUGUUUUGGGAUAAGCUACCAGGGCACUUGAGGAAANAGAAUUUGCCCAAGGAUGGUAGAGACGCUUGGAGAUUGGGUGUGCAGAGAGGUGUUGCGAGUGUUCUAGGACCUGUAGUUGUGAGGAGCGACGAAGGUGGCGAGAAGGAAAAGGAGAAGCAAGGGAUCGAGGAAAGAAAAGUCAGGUUCUUGGAACUGUUUAUUGGA